AUGUCAUCUGCCAUCAUGGUGACGUUGACGAUUCUGUUCUGUCUACUGGUUGUCUGCUGGCAGUGCAUGUCCACAGAGUCCUCAAUACCAGGGCCAUACUAUUGCCUGGGCUUGGGUCCUCUACUCACCUACACACACUUCAUGUAUGCUGGCAUCGGAGCUGCCUGCAAGUACUACAACUGCCGAUAUGGCAGCAUCGCCCGUGUCUGGAUCCAGGGGAGGGAAACUCUCAUCUUCAGCAGUUCCUCUGCAGUGUACCAUGUGCUGCGGAGCCCCAACUACACCCUCCGCUUUGGCAGUGAGCGAGGCCUGCAGUGUUUGGGCAUGCACGAGAGAGGCAUCAUUUUCAACAGUGACCCUGAGCUGUGGAGAAAGGUCCGCACCUACUUCACUAAAGCCCUGUCAGGUCCGGGGCUUCAGAGGACGGUGGCCGUGUGUGUGAGUGCCACCUGUAAGGGUUUGGAUCAGCUGUCCGCCUUUACUGGCCCCGCGGGACACGUGGAUGUGCUGAACCUGCUGCGCUGCAUCAUACUGGACGUCUCCAAUCGCCUCUUCCUAGGCGUGCCUCUCAACGAGCGGGAGCUGGUGGUGAAGAUCAACAGCUACUUUGACAGCUGGCAGGCUGUGCUGAUCAAGCCAGACAUCUUCUUCAAGAUGGACUGGAGCUGGAGGAAGCACAAGCAUGCUGCCCAGGAACUGCAGGAUGCUAUAGAGUUGCUUGUGGAGGAGAAGCGAAGGCUGAUUGCAGAGUCUGAGAAGCCGGAGGAGCAUGACUUUGCAACAGACCUCAUAUUUGCUCAGAACCGUGGUGAGCUGAAUGCAGUGGAUGUGAGGCAGUGUGUGUUGGAGAUGGUGAUUGCGGCCCCUGACACCCUCUCAGUCAGCCUCUUCUUCAUGCUCAUGCUGCUCAAGCAGAACCCUGCCGUGGACGAACAGAUCAUCCAAGAGAUGGACUCCGCCUUAGGUGAAAGGGAGGUGCAGAACUCGGACAUGCAGAGCCUGCCCACUCUGGAGAGCUUCAUCAAUGAGUCGCUACGUUUCCACCCCGCCGUCGACUUCAUCAUGAGGAGGGCGCAGGAAGAUGACGUCAUCGAUGGCUACAAGGUGGCCAGAGGGACAAAUAUCAUUCUGAACAUUGGGCUGAUGCACCACUCUGAGUUCUUCCUGAAACCUCAUGAAUUCAACCUGGAGAAUUUUGCUGGGAAUGUGCCGAAGCGCUACUUCCAGCCGUUUGGCUGCGGGCCACGCGGCUGCGUGGGCAAGCACAUCGCCAUGGUGAUGCUGAAGGCGGUUCUGGUGGCGCUGCUGUCACGCUUCAGCCCCUCCCCCCACCAGGGACGCACGCUGGCCACCCUCCGCCACACGGACAACCUGUCACACCACCCGGUGGAGGAGCAGGGCAACGCGCUCGCCAUGUACUUCAUACCACGCAACACACACACACACACACACACACACACACACACACACACACACACACACACACACACACACACACACACACCAAAGUAUUCAAAGUCAUCACACAAUAGAACAGUAACACAUAGACUUCUUCCUAGCCACAGUCAGGCCCGGGCUUGUGUUAGAAGAGCACAGCACACAAAAGUUAACAGACUCCACCGUUGCUCAGUCCUCCUGCUUUAUAAACGUGUGUGUGUGUGUGUGUGUGUGUGUGUAUGUGUAGCAGUCGUACAUCGGCCAAGUCUUCCUUCACUACACAGCAUUUAGCCAGUGAUACUUGCAAACACACUUAUUCUCAAAUGAUCAAUCUGUGACAACACACACAUACACAUUCACAUUAUGUACACAGACUCACAUGUAUUGAGUGCACUUGGUAAUCCUCACAGCGUAUUCACACUUCUUCCGGAUAUCAGCAAAGUCCAAAUGCUGGUGCCCCUACUCUGCUCUACUGGGUGCAGUACUGUUAGAGCUGCUCUUCAAUAUGGAAGAGGAACCGGAAACUGUCCCCAUCACUGCUGAAUGAUACUCCCCAGUAUACAGUAGAAUAACCUGCUUCACGAGAUCCCUCAAGUUUCAAGAACUUUGUUGAAUGUGGUUCCUUUAAGACUGUAGUGCUGUUGCUGCUGCAUGAUGUAUGUACGUGUGUGUGUGUGUGUGUGUGUGUGUGUGUGUGUGUGUGUGUGUGUGUGUGUGUGUG